GAGGAACUGGGAUCUAGAGCUUGAAGAUAGGGUUCAGCAAGGAAAACCAAGGGGCUUCAUGUCUCAACCACUUGAUUUUCUUGACUAGCUGAAGUCCAAGGCUGUCUACUUUAGGAUUAGGGAAGAGUAUAGACAGCUUGAAACCAUAUAGAAAAUGUGAGAUAACGGCUGACGUAAAGCGAGAGGGCGCUGAACCAAAAGACCCCACCCCAACCCCCGACCCCCGCGCCCGGCCCACUCAAAUGACUCCCAGAUUUGAAAUUCUUUAGUAUCCGGUUGCUUUAGAAUCUCUUGGGAACCGGAAUUCACUGUGCGACACACUGCAGUCACUAGCCAGCCCGCCCUGCAGGGGGCGGUGUGCCAAGGUAGGUGCGUCCGCGGUGGAUCCAGGAGCAGGCGCCCCACUUCCCGUCAUACGGGAGGCGCCAUGCCGAGGACGGGGGUUCCCACCAUGCCUUGCAGCCUCACUCGAAGCCCACAGUUUUGAUAAGUCACGCGGUGUGAGGAGCCACUCCUCACACCGCUCUUCGUUAGGGGACUCGUGGGUGUGAGGGGAAGGAGGCGAAAGAGGCCAGGACUGAGCUAGGGCUGAAGGAGGAUUGAGUGAGGAGCCGAGAGGCGGAUCGGUUUAGCGGCCAUCUCUCACCAGACCUGCUGCAUCUCUGCAGACUAGGCCGCGGAGGUCAUGGCCUUGGACGGCGAAGAUCCCAGGAGCGGUUUUCGCCACAGCGACGUAGUUACAUUCAUCAACCAAGAAGUACUCAGAAACGGCGGCGGCCCAGAUUUCUACGUGACCUACCGCUCGCGGCCCUGGAAUGAGAUCGAGGACGAGCUGCAGUCCGUCUUGGCCGACAUACAUAUACCUCUCAACCUCAAGAGGGCCUGUGCCUGGAGCGCGCUGGCCUUGAGCGUGCGGGUGGCCACGAGGCAGCGAGAGCAGCAGGCCCGCCGCGUCCAGCGGCUGAAGGAGCAGGUGGAGGAGCGCGAGACGGCCACCUGGGCCCUGGCCUCGCAGCUGCAGCGUCUGCGCGAGGAGCAUAAGCAGAUGAUCGUGCAGUUGCGCCGCACGCACCAAGACCUGCAACAGGCGCUGAGCGAGCGCGAGGCCCUGCGCGGGCAGCUGCUGCAGGCCGAGAGAGCAGUCAGCUCUCGAUCCCCGCAGCUCCGGGCUGACACGUGGCCCCUGACCGUUGAGGAGCGCAACAAGUUGCUGGUCGCGACCUCGCAGCGAAGGCAGAUGGAGGCCCAGAGAGCAGUCAGCUCUCGAUCCCCGCAGCUCCGGGCUGACACGUGGCCCCUGACCGUUGAGGAGCGCAACAAGUUGCUGGUCGCGACCUCGCAGCGAAGGCAGAUGGAGGCCCAGAGAGCAGUCAGCUCUCGAUCCCCGCAGCUCCGGGCUGACACGUGGCCCCUGACCGUUGAGGAGCGCAACAAGUUGCUGGUCGCGACCUCGCAGCGAAGGCAGCUGGAGGCCCAGAGGGAGGAGGCGCAGUAUGCUUCGGCAGGCGGUGUGCAGUACGUGCAGGGGGCCCAGGGUCCCUGGGCCCAGGUUGUUCAACCCCCAGCUCCCAUGCCAUGCCCAGGGCACAUGCCAUACCCCAUGCCAUUCCCAUACCCACCACCUCCCCUACCUAGGGUACUCUCAGAAGCCAAAGGAGCUGCCGCCACAGCAGCAGCAUACCCGGCCCCCCAGAUGCCUGCUCCGGUGAUGUGUGCACCUGCUAUGUGGCCUGUAGUUGUGUCCCAGGAAGAGGUAGCCCUGCCGUGGGACCAGAGGAUCGAAGGCCAAGGGGAAGGUCCCCACUUCGGAAACUCUGUGGGGCACUUCCAAGAUGACCCAAUGUAUCAACAAUCUCAGGAUCGGAUGCCCAGGACUCCAGAUGGAUCUUCAUCUGAGACUGAAGGAAGUCCAGCUCCCUAUGUGUGAAUCACCACGAAAUGCCCUUCCAGCUCUCAGCAGCCUUCGCCUCAGUGAGAUCUCAGCUGGCUGGAGCAGAAAAAAAGAAUGAAGAAUCAGAGGAAAGAAGAUAUUCUGACACACAUCUUUUAACAAGGGAGGGCAGACAAGAUUUUGUUAAGCUUAAUGAAUGACAAAGUUUCAAAGGGGUGGGAGUGUAGUAGUAGAUUUUAGGGAUUUAGCAUGUUUGUCAAAUUGCAUUCAUUAAUUCAUUGAACAAGCAGUUAUUGCCUAGCAUGUACUAGUAAUUACUACUGUAUGUUGUUAUCUGGUGCACACAUUUUAACUCAAUUGGGUGAAAGAGGCUACAUGACAGGAGAGAGCCUAAUUUGGCAUAUCAAUUAUAUCAGGUAUGACUUUUUUGCCUUACAUAUAGUGUGGCUUUUAAGUAAAUCCAAUUGAAAUAAAGUCAAGAUUCAUUUCUACAAUUCUGGGAGCAAAAUCAGACUUUCAUGGAAGAAUUUGAAUGACUGAACUGCUUAUCACAUUAAUCCCAGUGGAAAUAAAUGAGCAGGGGCAUAUAUUGGGAAUGUAGCCUCACAAAAGUACAGCAGUACUUUUCUCAUACUCCUGCUGAUUCCCCCCUGAGAAGGGCAACUUUCCCUGGUUUUCUAAAAGACCACUGGGUUGUCUUGCUCCACACUCAGCCUCAGGCUGCUCCCAUCCCAAGCCCUUUUUCAGUCAAGAGUAGAUGAAGAAUAACAUGUAUUUUCUAGGACAGGCAUUGUGCUAUGAAUUGUGCUUUCUUGAACUAAAUUAAAAAUAGAACUGGGGACUUCCCCCGCAGA